AUGUUGUUGUACGGAACGCGGACCUGCGUGAUGACGCACUUCCGGCGGCGCUGAGGCGGGAAAGUUGAGCCCCAAAUUUUUGGGAUUUUCCAGGAAUUCCCCAGGGAUGGAUCCUGGGAAAGAAGAGGAGGAAAAAGAAGGAAAAAUGGAUUUUCCACAUGGGGUGCUGUCCCAGCUGGAGCAGUUGGAGUCUCUGGCUCGGGGCCGGGCCGUGGCUCAGGAGCGCCGGGAGCAGCUGCAGGAGCGCCGGGAAUUCCUGAAAAACCAAAUCUGGGAAUUGCGGCAGCGCCGGGAGCGGCUGCGGGAGAGAAUCCGGCAGGCGGAGCUGGGAAAUUUGGGAAUUCCGUCGGAUCCGGAUCCUCGGGAAGUGCUGGAGUGGAGAAUCCGGAAUUGCCGGGACCUGCUCCAGAUGUUCCAGCUCACAGGGAUCAGCGGGAAGCUGAGCAAACACGGAAUCUCCUUCUCCUUGCACACGUCCUUCGAGGGCUCCCUGCUGGAUUCCUUCCAUGUGGAGCUCCAGGAAUUCCGGGAAUUCCGGGAAUUCCGCGUGCGCCGCCAUUCCGUGCCCCCCUUCAUCCCCCUGGAGCGCCUUUCCCAGGAAUUCCUUCCCAAGGAUCCUCGGGAAUUCUUGGGAAUUCUCUUCCAGCACCUCAACGCCUUCGUGGCCAGGAGGCACCAGCUCCAAAAAUUCCAGAAGGAAUUUUCCGAGUGCAUCCAAGGAAUCCCUUCCCAGAAUUCCCUGUGCAACCUCCUGAGCUUCCACUACCGAAUUCCCGGCGGAAAUUCCGGAAAAUUCCCGGAAUUCCGGGAAUUCCGAGCGCGGCUCCUGUACCGGGACCCCCUGCGGAGCCUCCCCAGCGACGUCAGCGUCAGCAGCCACGCGGGAGCUGCGGUCCCGGAGCACUCGGAGCUGCUCCGGAGCCUCCCCCUGCCCCGAGCGUUCCGGGAGAUCCGAGCCCGGGAAAUGCAGGAAGCGGCGCCGGGAGUCGGCUGAGAAAUCCGGGAAUUCUGGGAAAAAAUCCGGGAAUUCCUGGGGGAAAAAAUCCGGGAAUUCCUGGGGGAAAAAAUCCGGGAAUUAUGGGAAAAAAGCUGGGAAUUAUGGGAAAAAAUCCGGGAAUUCCUGGGGGGAAAAAAUCUGGGAAUUCUGGGAAAAAAGCUGGGAAUUCCUGGGGGAAAAAAUCUGGGAAUUAUGGGAAAAAAUCUGGGAAUUCUGGGAAAAAAUCCGGGAAUUAUGGGGGAAAAUCUGGGAAUUCCUGGGGGAAAAAAUCCGGGAAUUAUGGGAAAAAAUCUGGGAAUUCCUGGAGGAAAAAAAAUCUGGGAAUUCCUGGGGGAAAAAAUCUGGGAAUUAUGGGAAAAAUCUGGGAAUUCUGGGAAAAAAUCUGGGAAUUAUGGGAAAAAAUCCGGGAAUUCCUGGGGGAAAAAAUCCGGGAAUUAUGGGAAAAAAUCUGGGAAUUCCUGGAGGAAAAAAUCUGGGAAUUAUGGGAAAAAAUCU